ACCGCAGCCGACCGUCCCUCUUUCACCGGACCAAGGCCGGCUCCACUGCAGACGACGGGCGGCUAGUGCGCAUGCGCGGACAGCAGAGGCCGUGUAUAUAAGGUGAGCGGCGAGUGUGGACGGCAGAGUCAAACCGUCUCAGUUCCUUUUUCCACUUCUCCCAGUGACGUCAUGGCGAUGAGACUGAUCAGUGUGCUGGCGUGUGUGGCUGCGGCCACGGCCAGCCAUCCUCCCCCGUACGGACACCCAGCGCCCCAAUAUGGAGGCUACCAGCAGCAGCACUACUGCGACCCGACGGCGGCGCCGGCCUGCGCGGCCAACUCGUCCCUCACCUACUGCCUCGAGGACGCCGAGUACCCGGCCUACGAGAUCAAGGCGGCCAUCUCGCAGGACCACCUGUUCGCCAAAAAGUACGCCGACAUCGGCACCCAGUCGGCCGACGACCUGGUCGACGGCCUGAGCGCCGAGCAGGAGUCGGCCUUCGACUACGGCUACUACACGGGCUCGUCCAAGGGCGACAGUCCGUACGACGUGACCCACUGGGCUGGUCCGGCCGGCUACAUCUGCCCCAGUGACGUGGCCUACGCGCAGCCGCGCCGCGCCCAGAACGUGGCCGGCGAGUGGCGCGUCAUCGUCAACGACGUGCACUACUACACGCAGACGGCCCGGCUGGAGACGUGCCUGCACCCGGACGCCGCCUGCCGCGCGCUGGCGCCCUGCUACAAGAGCAAGUGCACCCAGAAGUACAUCUACCACCGCAUGCUCUCGUACGACCCGUGCGACCCGUACAAGGGCCUGUUCAUCGACAUCUACCGGCUGCCGGCCGCCUGCAGCUGCCACGUGCCCGCCCUCUGAUUGGCUCACGCCGCCGCUGACGUCACUGACCUCUGGCCGGUCACGUGACUGGCGAAGAGCAGCGAGCGCCACUGCUGAUGAGCCCAGCGGCCAGUCCGGCUGAGAUCUGCUCCCCCCAGAGACUGCCGCCGUGCCGCCGGCCGAGACACCGCAGCUCGAGCCGCUGGGUUUGUAUGUCUGUGUGUGCGCGCGCGCCGCUCACCGCCCGUGUGUGAAGGCCCUCUGUCCCUCUGUCCCUCUGUCUUUCUGCUGUCCUAUCCCUCAGCUGAGGAAACAUGUAAACAAAAAUACGCAAUAAAAACAGCAUAACAGAA